AUGAAGAUCGCUGACAUGCUUAACCCGACUGCCAUUAGUCAACUCUCUUCUCCACCACUCUCACCUCAGCAAGAAGAGUACUGUCCUUCUAUGAUGAAACGUGAUAGUACAAGCAGUGCUAGUAGUUCAGACACUAGCUUGGGAACCGUUACUGGAAAGCCAAGAAGUAGAUUUUCAGACAUCGAGGAUGCCAUCAUUUGCGAAGGCGUAAAAAGAGGAUUAACUUGGGGCCAAAUUUCAGGCCAACUGCCACAUCGCAAGCGUGCCACUUGUUUCAACAGAUAUCGUACACUUCAAGGCAUUCGCAAAUCUCGCAAACGAUCUAUGCAGGACAUGAGAUCACCACCUAUCACUCCACCCAGUUCUUCAUCUUGGCUACCAAAUACCCCACCAACGAAGCAGGAAUAUCAUCAUACAUAUGCCCAUACUCAUGCCCAACGUCAUCACAGUUCAUAUCACCAAUUUUACAAUAACAAUCAGCUGCCUGCACUCGUAGCACCUCUACCAACGAGAUUACCACUACCAUUCUCUUAUGCAGAUCGAAUUCAUUAA